CUCUCGAGCCUGCCUCGCAGAACGCCUUUGGCCGCUUUAGUAGGCCUCCAUGGUCCCUGCUCACACUAUGCUGGCCGGGGCCAAGACCAGUUAGUUCCAUGUCGGCUUACUUGCAUGGCAGCAGCCAAAACAUCUUUGGUUUAGUAUACGUAGGCAGAUUCGAGGUGGAGCGAUAGGCGGUGUUCAUGUAUGUGUUGUCGGGCCGCCAUUGGGAUUCUUCUCAUGCAUCAUGCAAGACAGGGCGGGUGGGACUCGGAAUCGGGAUUGGUCACCUGCACGCACGAUACAACCCUCUCGAAACAAAGAGCCUCACAAGUAAAGCCAGCGCAGGUGCUGCCCCCGCCGGUUUUGCCUUUUCAGAUCCUCAACCACUUCUUCUCCCGCCUCAACUUGGACACCGAAAACCACAAGCCUCUCGCCCAAAUCGCUGUGAAGCACACCUCUUCGGCACUUGACGAAGAAUAUAUCUUACAACCUCGAGAGCCCGGGAUGUCUUUCUUCCGCAAGAGCUCGAGUCGCGGUGAUAAACCAGAAGCGAAAGCAGAGCCUGAAAAGACUAGUGCAACAGCAUUACAAACGGCACCAAAACCAGGGCCUGGAUCAGAAUUCCCUUUCGAGGAGAGAAUGAGAGCGAGAUAUCAUGAUUCUGCGAAGUUGAAAACAUCGCUGGAUUCAAUCUAUGGCCAAGGGAAUUAUAAAGUCAAGGAAAGAGCCAAUAGAUUCAUCCUCAUGCUACCUAAGCCACUGAAAAAGGACGAGCUAGCAGCGAUCGAGCAGCGCAUUAGGGUUCACUAUCAUGAUUGAAUUAAUAAUUGGCUUUCAGGCUCGAGAUGUGAAAAUUCUGACCUUUCGAACUGGAAUAUUGUAUCGAGGUCGGACAUUUGUGACACGCGAGACGCCCCGCCGUUUCUUCGUGGAAUCAUGUAAUUCAUGAUGUCUUUAAGAUCG